CUGUGCCGCAUGGCCGUCGUGUGACGUCACCAUAGUUUGCGUUAAAAUAGCCGUGCCACGACUGCCACGUAUUUUUGCCAUUCGAGUGUCCCGCAAAGCCGCACGAUCGACAAUUGGUUUAAUGUCUUUUACCUGCUCGUCCCGAGUGACCUAAGAAGCUCACAGCAGGCAUGGGGUCGUCUCACAGCGUGGAGAUACCGGGAGGCGGGACAGAAGGUUACCACGUAUUGAGGGUUCAAGAAGGUUCUCCUGGGCAGCAAGCAGGACUCGAAGCAUUUUUUGAUUUUAUAGUGGCAAUUGGGAAUACUCGUCUGGACCAAGAUAACGAUACUUUGAAGGAACUUCUAAAGGUUGGUGUAAAUAAGGAACUAACAAUCACAGUAUACAGUAGUAAAACACAGUCUGUAAGACGAACCAAAAUUGUUCCGAGUAUGACAUGGGGUGGACAGGGUCUAUUGGGUGUUAGUAUACGUUUCUGUUCGUUUGAAGGCGCUAACGAAAACGUUUGGCAUGUACUUGAAGUACAUCCAUCGUCUCCUGCUGAAUUGGCCGGUUUACGACCGUUUACCGAUUAUAUUAUUGGAGCAGACUCCAUUCUUCAUGAAAGCGAAGAUUUAUUUACCUUAAUAGAGGCACACGAAUCACGACCUCUGAAAUUGUAUGUAUAUAAUACUACGGAUGAUACUUGCAGAGAAGUGACUAUUACACCCAAUAAUACUUGGGGCGGAGAAGGAAGCUUGGGAUGUGGAAUCGGAUAUGGGUACUUACAUAGAAUACCUGUCAGAAGCGUACUGGAGCAGAAACCUGCUAAUUCAUAUGUGAACACUCCCAAGACUGCAAUGCAAACUCAACCGGUAACAGCAACGACUGCUACCGUUACCGUGGCGGAAAUCAACCCGAUUGUCAGUACACAAUCCGGAGUAUCUGUUCCGCCGAGUUAUACCACCUCGAUGGAUAGCUCGAUGAAAAACUUAAAAAGCGAACAGGAAACUAUACCAGCUCAAAAUAUACCUGGACCAAGCACGCAAACCCAACCAGCAAAUCAAGUCAAUUUCACUGGUGCCGUUGGUGGCUAUACACCGGUCAGUUCAGUCUCUCAUAUGUUUCCGAAUCAACCCACCACCAGUUUCACACCCAGUUUCACACCCAGUAAGUACCAACCAGAUUUGCGUAUUUCCUUAAGGGGAUGCUAAAGCCGUUCAAAUUACCGACAAUUACAGUCAAAGGUCUCAUUUCGAAACGGCUUUACAGAUCGCAAAAUCCUUUUACAGGAGUAAAGUAGAAGUACUAAUAAAGGGUGGGAUUGUCAAAUAAUUAGUA